AUGGAUGUAGAUACAUCAGUCGUAACCACGCCAACAGCUCGGGCUACCAAUGCGCCACGCACCGUGCCUACUCCAGCGCCCCGAACUAUGGUGGCAACGACGCCGGCAACUGCACCGGCAACAACGCCGGCACCUGUACCGGCAACCGCGUCUGCAGCGGUCCUUCAAUCCGCACCUCGUGGUGGCACUCGACCACCACCAACACCAUCACGCACCACGGAGACCCUAAGGCCGCAUCACACGCUGCUACAUCGCAGCGCGGCACGCGAAGUGAAUCGGCCACCCAUCCAGCGCGGUCGCAUACCCCGCUUCCAAUCCGCAGCUCGUGGCGCGCCCCAGCGAGGCGGAACCUCGUUGCGGCGUCGGCAGGCGGGACCACCACCUCGUCGGUCUACGGGGCUGAGCAGCGUUGUGGCAACGCUGCAACAGCUGCAGCGCCUUUUAGGCUAA